UUUUAAAACUCCUUCAAAAUUCAGAAGAUUGAGAGAGAAAAUAACGUAAUAAAUUGUUGAAUGAAAGCAUUUAUUGUGGACAACGCGACUGGAAGCUGAAACGCAUCUAAGAAGUUCCAAUAUUGGGCUCAUGGGCCUUAAGUUAGAUUCCUUUUCCAUUUGAUACACCAAAUCAACUUUCCUUUCUUCACAUUUUUCUCUUCAUUCUUUCUUUCUGGGAUUAUUAUUAGAGAAUUUGAUUAUUUAACUCAGAUUACAGUUCCUUUUGCAAGCCGUGGAUUGAUCUGAUCCUUUUUCAGGAGGCAUCACGUAUAGAUUAAAGAGAUUCAAGAUUUAUUAUAGAUUCCUCCACUGUCGGCCAUGGGAUACAGUUCAGAUGACGACAAGAUCCUUAGCUACAACGAUGUUGUCCUCCGGAGAUCAGAUUUGGACAUCCUAAACGGACCCAAUUUUCUUAACGACCGUGUCAUCGAGUUCUACCUAAGCUACUUAUCCACGGUCCACACUUCCUCUGCCAUCUCACUGAUCCCUCCCUCCAUUGCCUUCUGGAUCUCAAACUGCCCCGACACCGAAUCACUCAAAGACUUCAUCAAACCCCUUGGAUUACGCGACAGCGACCUCCUGAUAUUCCCCGUAAACGACAACACCAAUGUCGAGCUAGCCGAAGGAGGAUUACACUGGACCUUACUCGUGUAUUACAAAGAAGCCAACUCGUUUUUUCAUCACGACAGCUUGAUGGGACUGAAUAAAUGGAGUGCAAAACAGCUCUUCGAAGCGGUUUCUCCGUUUGUGUCUGAUGGAGAUGCGAUAUACAGAGAGUGCAGUGAUACACCGCAGCAGAGGAAUGGGUACGACUGUGGUGUUUACCUUCUUGCAAUCGCUCAGGUUAUAUGCCAAUGGUUUAGCUCUGGAGGAGUGCAGAACCGGGAUGAGUUGUGGUUUACUGAUGUGAAGGAGACUGUACCGGAUCUGGCUAACCGUUUGAGAGAAGAGAUACUGGGGUUGAUCAGAAGGUUGAUCUCUGAGAAGAGUGAGUAAAUGAAUUAGAGAAUUUACUGAAUGAUUUUACAUUUGAUAUUUCGUUUUAUUUUUGAACAAUUACAUUUGAUAUUUCCUAUAUGUGUAGUUAAGCCCACCGGCCCAAAUUACUACAUUGUGAUAAAGUUAUUACAGGCCCGCGGUAGAAAAUGCAAUAUCUGAUGCUUUUUAUCA